AGCCGCGCUACCGCGCCAUGUCCGCCUGCUGGUUCCGGCGCCGCUUCCUGCCGGGGGGUCCGGUGCCCGCGCCGCGCCCGCCGAGGCCGCGCGCCAGCCCCGUGCCCUAUCGGCGGCCCCGCUUCCUGCGCGGCGCGGACGCUGCCCUCGGCCCGGGCGCCCGGCCCGUGCACAGCCCUGCGCGGGGCCGCGCGCUGCCCUGGAACGCAGGCUACGCCGAGAUCAUCAAUGCAGAGAAAUCCGAGUUCAAUGAAGACCAGGCUUCCUGUGGGAAGCUGUGCAUACGAAGAUGUGACUUUGGGACUGAAGAGGACCAGGAGUGGCUGAACUUGUGCCCAGAGGAGUUCCUGAAUGGCUACUACUGGGCCCUGUUUGAUGGGCAUGGUGGUCCGGCUGCAGCCAUCCUGGCUGCCAACACCCUGCAUUCCUGCCUGCGCCGGCAGCUGGAGGCCAUAGUAGAUGGUCUGGUGGCCACUCAACCUCCCAUGCACCUCAGUGGCCACUGUGUCUGCCAGAGUGAUCCCCAAUUUGUGGAGGAAAAGGGCAUUAGGGCAGAAGACUUGGUGAUCGGGGCUCUGGAGAACGCCUUCCAGGAAUGCGAUGAGGUGAUCGGGCGGGAGCUGGAAGCAUCAGGCCAGGUGGGCGGCUGCACAGCCCUGGUGGCUGUGUUCCUGCAGGGAAAGCUCUACGUGGCCAAUGCCGGGGAUAGCAGGGCCAUCCUGGUGCGGAGAGAGGAGGUACGGCCUCUGAGCUCAGAGUUCACCCCUGAGAUUGAGCGACAGCGUAUCCAGCACCUGGCCUUUGUCUAUCCCGAACUUUUGGCUGGUGAGUUCACUCGACUGGAGUUCCCUCGGAGGCUGAAGGCAGAUGAUUUGGGGCAGAAGGUUUUGUUCCGGGAUUACCACAUGAGUGGCUGGAGCUACAAGUGUGUGGAGAAGUCGGAUCUCAAGUACCCACUGAUUCAAGGACAGGGGAGGCAGUCUCGGUUACUGGGAACACUGGCAGUUUCCCGGGGCCUGGGAGACCAUCAGCUCAGAGUCCUGGACACAAACAUCCAGUUGAAGCCCUUCUUGCUGUCUGUCCCACAGGUGACGGUGCUCGAUGUGGACCAGCUGGAGCUGCAGGAGGACGACGUGGUCAUCAUGGCAACUGAUGGGCUCUGGGAUGUCCUGUCCAAUGAGCAGGUGGCACAGCUGGUGCGGAACUUUCUCCCUGGCAACCAAGAGGACCCGCACAGGUUCUCAGAGAUGGCCCAAAUGCUGAUACACAAGACCCAGGGGAAGGAUGACGGUCUCACGGGGGAAGGCCAGGUGUCCUACGAUGAUGUCUCUGUGUUCGUGAUUCCCUUGCACCACCAGGGCCAUGGGAGCCUUGGCCACUGAAGAUCCAGAUAACGCUUCCCAGCAGCACUCCAGGGCCAGCUGCACGGUGGGCAUCCCUGUACCCUGAACAGUAGAACCCCCCCCCCCCCCACACACACACACACUGACACAUGAGCAGACCCUGAUGGUCCUGCUCCCAGAUAGCAUAGGGCUCUCAUGUUACUACCUCCAUCCCCCCAUUCCAAGAGAAUUGAUGAGCAGGAAAUAUGGAGAGACCAGCCCAACUCCCAGCUUGGACAGAAGAGAGUGACGUCCAUCAUAAAAUCCAUCUUGAUUUUAAGGCCCUCAGAAUCCUUAACAACUCACUCAAAUAGGAACCCUCCCAGUCUAAGAAUAUUGACCAAGGAGGGGCAGAGGUGUUCGGAAGUCUCCAGGCAAUGGGUUAUCAGGGUUUUUCCUCCCUGGCCCUCAGAGCCAGGCAAGGUGCCUUUGGGAAGCUGUGGGAGCCUCCUUCAUUAGACCAGGGCCACCUCAUCUCCUGCUCUGCUCCCCUCUGCCUCCAGCACUGCACUGUGGGGCUCUGUGGGUCUCAAGCUGGGGGAAAACAGGAGGGGCAAGAGGAGGCGGCAGAAUGGAGAUUCCCUUAUUUCUGCUUCCUGGUCCCUGCCCUGCUCUAGGGUGAUAUCCACACUGUGCCUUUGUUUUGCUUCCUCAUUACCUCCCUAUUAUUAAAUCUGUGUGCAGAA